AUGGCGGCGGCCGCGGCGCUCCCGGGCGCGGGCGGGCCUCCCGCGGGCGGCGGGGCCGGGGGCGGCGGGGGCGCGGGCGGCGGGUCCCCGCCGGGCGGCUGGGCCGUGGCGCGCCUCGAGGGCCGCGAGUUCGAGUACCUGAUGAAGAAGCGCUCGGUGACCAUCGGGCGCAACUCGUCGCAGGGCUCGGUGGACGUGAGCAUGGGCCACUCCAGCUUCAUCUCGCGGCGCCACCUCGAGAUCUUCACGCCCCCGGGCGGCGGCGGCCAUGGCGGGGCGGCCCCGGAGCCGUCCGCGCAGCCCGGGCCCGACGCGGGCGGCGACUUCUACCUGCGCUGCCUCGGCAAGAACGGCGUGUUCGUGGACGGCGUGUUCCAGAGGCGCGGGGCGCCGCCGCUGCAGCUGCCGCGCGUGUGCACGUUUAGGUUCCCGAGCACGAACAUCAAGAUCACGUUCACUGCCCUGUCCAGUGAGAAGAGGGAGAAGCAGGAGGCUCCUGAGUCCCCGGUGAAGCCUGUGCAGGCCCACAUCUCGCCCCUGACCAUCAACAUUCCAGACACCAUGGCCCACCUCAUCAGUCCCCUUCCCUCCCCAACGGGAACCAUCAGUGCUGCAAACUCCUGCCCAUCAAGCCCCCGGGGAGCAGGGUCUUCUGGGUACAAAAUGGGCCGUGUGAUACCAGCUGACCUCAAUUUAAUGGCCGACAACUCGCAGCCAGAAAAUGAAAAAGAAGCUUCUGGUGGAGACAGCCCAAAGGAUGAUUCAAAGCCACCUUAUUCCUAUGCACAAUUGAUCGUACAAGCAAUUACGAUGGCUCCUGAUAAGCAACUUACUCUAAAUGGAAUUUAUACUCACAUCACUAAAAAUUAUCCAUACUACAGGACAGCAGACAAGGGCUGGCAGAAUUCAAUUCGCCACAAUCUCUCUCUGAAUCGUUAUUUCAUCAAAGUACCACGUUCCCAGGAAGAACCAGGCAAAGGCUCAUUCUGGAGGAUAGAUCCUGCUUCUGAAAGCAAAUUAAUAGAGCAGGCUUUUAGGAAAAGACGGCCUAGGGGCGUGCCUUGCUUUAGAACCCCUCUGGGACCGCUCUCCUCUAGAAGUGCCCCGGCCUCUCCCAAUCACGCUGGAGUGCUGUCCGCCCACUCCAGCGGUGCCCAGACCCCCGAGAGCCUGUCGAGGGAAGGUUCGCCGGCCCCCCUGGAGCCUGAGCCCAGCGCCUCACAGCCCAAACUGGCCGUCAUCCAGGAGGCACGGUUUGCCCAGAGUGCACCAGGCUCACCUCUGUCUAGUCAGCCUGUUCUGAUCGCCGUGCAGCGGCCGCUGCCGCCGCCGAUCAAGCCCGUCGCCUACACGGUCGCCGCCCCCGUGCCCGCCUCGGCCGCCCAGCCACCCGUCGUGCAGACCGUGCGCGUUGUCCACCAGAUCCCUGCGGCGUCCGUCACCGGCGUGGCCGGCCUGGCCCCGGCGAGCACGUACACGGUCGCUGGACAGGCCGUGGUCGCUCAGGCAGCUGUGCUGGCCCCUGCUAAGGCAGAGCCACAAGAGAACGGCGAUCACAAGGAGGUCAGAGUGAAAGUGGAACCUAUUCCUGCGAUUAGCCACGCCACGCUGGGUGCUGCCGGCCGGAUCAUUCAGACGCCACAGACCACGCCUGUCCAGACGGUCACCAUAGUGCAGCAGGCGUCUCUGGGGCAGCACCAGCUGCCAAUAAAAACUGUAACACAAAAUGGGACUCACGUGGUGCCAGUCCCUGCCGCCGUCCACGGCCAGGUGAACAAUGCGGUGGCAAGUCCCCUGCACAUGCUGGCCACGCAUGCGUCGGCGUCGGCGUCCCUGCCCACCAAGCGCCAGAAUGGCGACCAGCCGGAGCAGCCGGAGCUGAAGCGGGUCAAGACGGAAGACGGCGAGAGCAUCGUCCUCGCCCUGAGCGUGGACGCGCCGCCGGCCACCGGCAGGGAGAAAAGUGUCCAGAACUAGCGGCUGGGACAGCUUUUCUUACUUUAAUAUCAACUCUGUGGUGCCAAAAGGAGACACUGCCUCUCACCGACACGUGGAGCGCGCAGUCUCGGUGGGUAGAGGGCCCUGCGGUUGGACUUCACCUCAGCACUGAAAACACGAAACCCAGGUGGCCUUAAAACUCCUAAAAGACAGAAGUCACACCUGAACAAAACCACAUGCAACAAAACCUGCUUCCGGCGGCGUCUCCCCACCCCAAGCUCAGCUUGUCCCUCCACAGCGGAGCUGCCGGCACAGGGCGGGGACCGUCCCUGCCACCCUCCCAGGACCCUUGGGGCCGGCACUGGUAGAUGAGACAGUAUUUUGUUGUUCACAUGUGGAAUUAGAAUAUUUUGAGGUGUCCUUUCUUUACAAAAUAACGGGGUCUUUGACAUUUCCCAUCGCUCCAUUUCUACUCCGGAAACUUUGGAAUCACACAGGACCUUCCGUGUCGAUUUCUUUGGGGAAAAGAAACAAUGUAGUUUUGUUUUUGUUGUUUGUUUUCAGCCUAUGGAAUGAUUUCCUUUUUUCUGUCCUGUUACCGUUCAGCCGGAGCCGCAGGAUGACGUCUGCGGGUUUUUCCGUGGUAGAGCAAGUGCCGGCUGCAUCUAGGACGGAUGGACAGACAGGCUAGACAGACGGACGCCCGCGCUGGGCCGCAUGUUAACCGUGACUGAAAGAACUGGUGGACUCACAGAGCUGCACUUAACUGGGUCUCUUUCCUGCUACUUUCUGUUGUUUGUUCCUUUGUGUUGACUUUGUCCCUGGCAUAAUUUUUCCACUCUAAGUAAAACAAACCUCCUAA